UGUAGCUGAAGGGAAGACAGCCAGUGGGUGGGCUGGGCUGUGGUCCUGCUUUCGGCUUUUUACAUCGCGAGUUGCUCUUCUACGACUAUUCAAACCACAUAUAGGAAUACACAAACCUGACAGGAUGAGUUAGAGGCUGUAUAUCGUGUGUGCCAGUGCACUGAAACAUGGGUCGUUGCAGUGUCCACGUCCUUCUGCUGCUCUUGCUGCAGGCCCUGCAGACAUCAGCUGAGGGCCCAGAUGGACUAUUGGUGUGUCUGUGUGAUAGCCCAAAAUGCCUCCAGGACACCCAGUGCCACGGUACCCGGUGCUUCUCCUCGGUCAAAGUGGGCAGCAGCGGGAUGGAGUUUGACCAUGGCUGCAUGGAUGAUCCAGAGAAAAUCAGUUUGCAAUGCUCCACAGCUCCGUCCUUCCACCAUGUCAUUUUCUGCUGCUCUCAGGACAUGUGCAACGGCAACACCACCAGGAGUUCGCUGAUUGCGCUGCUUCCAUCAGUCCCAGAAGGCGAGCCAGUUCCCUAUCGUGUGGAGACCUUAGCUCUCUUUGUACUCGGUCCAGUGGUGGUCCUGGUUCUGCUGUCUGUAGUGUCAGUUCUGGCCUGCAGGAGGCUCCAUCACGGUCGUCUGCAGAGGCUGCAGGAGUUUGACACUGAGCAGGGAGCCAUAGACGGCCUCAUCACCUCCAAUGUGGGAGACAGCACUUUAGCGGACCUGUUGGACCACUCAUGCACAUCAGGGAGUGGUUCAGGUCUUCCCUUCCUCGUCCAGAGAACUGUGGCCAGGCAGAUCAGCCUGAUGGAGUGUGUAGGCAAAGGAAGGUAUGGAGAGGUGUGGCGGGGCCAGUGGCAGGGGGAGAACGUGGCUGUGAAAAUCUUCUCCUCAAGAGAUGAGAAGUCCUGGUUCAGGGAGACAGAGAUCUACAACACUGUGCUGCUAAGACAUGAAAACAUACUGGGCUUCAUGGCAUCUGACAUGACUUCUCGCAACUCCAGCACCCAGCUGUGGCUCAUCACCCAUUACCAUGAGAACGGCUCGCUUUAUGACUACUUGCAGCGAGUUGCCGUGGAGACAUCAGAGGGCUUGGCCAUGGCGGCAUCGAUAGCCUGCGGCCUGGUGCACCUACACACGGAGAUCUUCGGCACCGAGGGCAAACCGGCCAUCGCACACCGGGAUCUGAAGAGCAAAAAUAUCCUCGUCACUAAGGAGCUGCGUUGCUGCAUCGCAGACCUCGGGCUGGCUGUGACCCACUCCCAGGCAGACAACCUGCUGGAUGUGGGCAACAAUCCAAAGGUUGGCACCAAGCGCUACAUGGCACCCGAAGUGCUGGACGAGACCAUUCAGACAGACUGCUUUGAUGCCUAUAAGAGAGUGGACAUCUGGGCCUUUGGGCUGGUGCUGUGGGAGAUAGCAAGACGCACAUACAGCAAUGGCAUUGUUGAGGAGUACAAGCCUCCGUUCUAUGAUCAGGUGCCAAAUGACCCCAGCUUUGAGGACAUGAGGAAGGUGGUGUGUGUGGAGCAGCAGAGGCCUUUCAUUCCUAAUCGUUGGUUCUCUGAUCCUACUCUUUCUGCUUUGGUGAAACUGAUGAAAGAGUGCUGGUACCAGAACCCCUCUGCAAGGCUAACAGCACUGCGCAUAAAGAAAACCCUGGACAAGAUUCACAGCUCUCUGGAGAAGGGCAAGGAGUCGUGAGAGGGAGAGGAGCCCCGGAGGCAGCUGCCUGAUGUCAGGGAUCAGCUUGGAGAGGAGCCCAUUGUUUGAGAAAGGAUGAUAAUGGGGGACGGACAUAGGACCGGAGGAAAAAGUUGUUCAAGUGUCAUCCAGCCUCAUCCUUCUCUUGCUCUCAUUAUCUCUGUGGUUGCCUUCCACUGACAUCCCUCUCUCUGACUUGAAGCCCACAGACGUUUGGACCUGUCCUGUGUGAAUAAGCCAGCCUUUGUUACAGGACACAAACUCAUUGCCAUUGUGCUCGCACUGACCUGAACUUUAGACUGUUACUGAGUGUGAAGAACAUGGAUGGCAUAUUGUAGUACUCCAUCCCAAAAUGCUUUAACGCCCAUCUCAGACUGCAGACACACCAAACACUACACACUGAGUGUCUCUUACAAUUCAAUUUCUGAUCCCCAGCCAGUGUUUUUGGCACACGGUCAUGGCAUUCUGCUCAGAGACAAUCAGAAGUGUUUUACUCAUUUAGCUUUAUCAAAACAUGCCAACUAUCACCACAAACACACACUACAAACCACAGAAAU